AUGACGACGACUUCUCGUUUUUUCGCUCAGAGUGGAAGUGAAAGUGAAGAUGAGAGUGACUUUGAAAAAGAAGAGGUUGAGGGUAACAACACUCGUUACCUUGCAGACUUACCUGACGGUGAGAUUUGUUGUGGUAUGGAUACUAAACGUGUGGUUAAGCCAAAAAAAGAUAAACGUUUUGAGGAGAUGGCCAACACUAUAGAGAAUAUGAAGCAUGCCAUGAACAUCAAUGAUUGUGUUUACUUGCAAGAAACGUUUGAGAAACUCAACAAACAGAUUAGUAAGUCCGUAAAGACUCCGACUUUGUAUAUCAAGACCCUUGUGAUGUUGGAAGAUUUCUUGAAUGAAGAUAAUAUGAAAACAAAGGAGAAGAUGAGUACUAGUAACUCCAAGGCUUUGAACGCAAUGAGACAGAAACUGAAGAAGAACAAUCUGCAGUACCAAGAAGAUAUCAAAAGAUUUAGGGAGUCUCCAGAAAUCGAAGACGAUGAUGAGUAUGAAGAGGAGGUGGUGGAGGAUUCUGCUGAUAAUGUUUCUUGGGAGAUGUUGUUUAGUUUAGAUCAUGAAGAGAUAACUUGGAACAUGGUCAACAAGAAGUUCAAAGAAAUUAGGGCUGCUCGUUGGAGCAAAAGAAGAAGUUCUAGCCUUAAACUCAAACCCGGCGAGACUCAUGCGCAGAAGCAUAUGGACUUGACAAAGAUCGCCAAGACUCCUGCACAGAAGGUUGAAAUCUUGUUUAGUGUUAUUUCAGCAGAGUUUAAUGUGAAUUCUGGUGGUCUCAGCGGAUACAUGCCUAUCGAUGUCUGGAAGAAAUGUGUGGUUAACAUGCUUACCAUACUUGACAUUCUUGUCAAGUACUAUAACAUUGUUGUGGAUGAUACCGUUGAACCUGAUGAGAAGGAAACUUCAAAGCCAGCGGCAUACGAUGGAACCAUUCGGGUCUCGGGAAAUUUGGUUGCAUUCUUAGAGAAGAUUGAGACAGAGUUUUUCAAGAGUUUGCAGUGCAUUGAUCCUCACACCAAUGAUUAUGUUGAGAGGUUGAAAGAUGAGCCUAUGUUCUUGGCUCUUGCUCAGAGUAUCCAAGACUACUUGGAGCGGACAGGCGAUUCUAAAGCUGCUUCAAAGGUAGCCUUUAUACUAGUCGAGUCAAUCUAUUACAAGCCUCAAGAAGUUUUUGAUGCUAUGAGUAAAUUGGCUGAUGAGGAAAUUGAGGAGGCUAACGAGGAAAGUGGAUCUUCUUCUUCUUCAUUCAUUGUUGUUGCGGAGAUUGUUCCUCGUAAGCCUACCUUCGCAAAGAGCAGCAGAGCUAUGAUGGAUACACUUGUAUCCUUUAUCUACAAAAAUGGAGAUGAGAGGACCAAAGCCAGAGCAAUGCUAUGUGAUAUCUAUCAACAUGCUUUAAUGGACAAUUUUGUUACUGCUAGAGACUUGUUGCUGAUGAGUCAUCUACAAGAAAACAUUCAACACAUGGACAUCUCUACACAGAUUCUCUUUAACAGGACAAUGGCACAACUUGGUCUUUGCGCUUUUCGGGUUGGAAUGAUAACUGAGUCACAUAGCUGUCUCUCUGAGCUGUACUCUGGGAAUAGAGUUAGGGAGUUGCUUGGUCAAGGUGUCUCGCAAAGUCGAGACCACGAGAAGACAACAGAGCAGAUGCUUAUGGAGAGGAGAACACAAAUACCGUACCAUAUGAACAUAAACCUCGAGCUCUUGGAGGCUGUUUAUCUUACUUGUGCCAUGCUACUUGAAGUCCCAAACAUGGCAGCAAACUCGCAUGAUUCCAAACACAAACCGAUUAGCAAGAAUAUUCAGCGCCUGCUCGAGAAAAGUGAGAAGCAAGCGUUCACUGCACCCCCUGAAAAUGUACGUGUCCAUGUCAUUGCAGCCACCAGAGCCCUGAUCAAAGGAAACUUCCAAGAAGCGUUUUCAGUUUUGAACUCUCUUGAUAUCUGGAGACUGUUCAAGAACCGCGACAGCAUACUCGAUAUGGUGAAAGCUAGUAUCAGUGAAGUGGCUCUAAGGACUUAUUUAUUCACAUACUCGAGCUCCUGUUACAAGUCCUUAAGUCUAGCUGAGCUAGCCAAAAUGUUUGACAUCUCUGAGUCACACGUCUAUAGUAUUGUGAGCAAGAUGAUGAUCAACAAGGAGCUUAAUGCAACAUGGGACCAGCCAACUCAAUGCAUCGUCUUCCAUGAAGUGCAACAUAACAGAGCACAAUCCUUGGCUUUUCAGAUUACCGAAAAACUCGCGACUCUAGCAGAAAGCAACGAAAGUGCAAUGGAGUCUAAAACUGGUGGUGUUGGCCUUGAUAUGACUUCAAGGAGAAGGGAAAACAGUCAGGACUAUGCAGCAGCAGCAUCAGACAACAGAGGUCUGAAAAUGGAUGGCUCAAGUCUUACCCGAGGCGUUUCUGCGUAA